UGAAUUUCACGGAGUGAGCACUAUGAACGCCGUGAUAUUGCUUUGCUUUGCUCUGAGCUGCCUGUGGACCGGUUCCUCUGCCUCUGGAGAUGCGAACGAUCCGCUGCUGAUCGAGCUCCAGCAUGGCCAGCUCCGGGGACGCGAUAAUGGAAACUACUACAGCUACGAGGGGAUACCCUAUGCUGAGCCUCCGCUGGGACAUCUUCGGUUUGAGGCCCCGGAACCGUACAAACAAAAGUGGACGGAGAUCUUCGAUGCCACUCAACCGCCAGUGGUGUGUCUGCAGUGGGAUCAGUUCAUCCCGGGUGACAACAAGCUGGCCGGAACUGAGGACUGCCUGACCGUUAGCAUCUAUAAGCCAAAGAACAGCAGCAGGAAUAGCUUCCCCGUGGUGGCACACAUUCAUGGCGGCGCCUUCAUGUUCGGUGCAGCUGCUCAGAAUAACCAUGAGACUGUGAUGCGGGAGGGCCAAUUUAUAUUGGUGAAGAUAAGCUAUCGUCUGGGGCCACUUGGCUUUGCGAGCUCUGGUGAUACGGAUUUACCCGGAAACUAUGGCCUGAAAGAUCAGCGGCUGGCCCUGCAAUGGAUCCGACAAAACAUAGCAUGUUUUGGAGGAGAAACGGAGAAUAUAUUGCUGAUAGGACACUCAGCUGGAGGAGCCUCUGUCCAUCUGCAAUUGCUGCGUGAGGAUUUCAGCAAGAUGGCCAAGGCUGCGAUAUCCUUCAGCGGCAACGCUCUUGAUCCCUGGGUUGUCCAAAAAGGUGCCCGCGGACGAGCCUUCGAACUGGGUCGCAUAGUUGGCUGCGGAUUGGCGAAGGACUCUGCCACCCUCAAGAGUUGCCUGAAGUCCAAGCCAGCCGGCGAUAUAGUGACUGCUGUUCGAAACUUCCUUAUAUUCUCGUAUGUGCCCUUUGCACCCUUCGGUCCAGUGGUGGAACCUUCCGAUGCACCUGAAGCAUUCCCCCAAGACCCGGUGGAUGUGAUCAAGAGCGAAAAGUUUGGGCAAGUGCCAUGGGCGGUGACCUACGUUACGGAGGAUGGUGGCUACAAUGCCGCUUUACUUCUAAGGGAAGGUAAGAAGCCCGGACAGACAUUGCUCGAGGAACUAAAUGAUCGCUGGUUUGACUGGGCGCCAUAUCUGCUCUUCUAUCGGGACUCUAAGAACACCAUUAAUGAAAUGGACGAUUACUCUCGGAAACUAAGGCAGGAAUAUCUUGGGAACCGACGGUUCAACGUGGAUAGCUAUUUGGACCUGCAGCAGUUGUUUACAGACAUCCUUUUCAAGAACAGCACACAGGACUCAUUGCAGCUCCACCGGAAGUACGGUAAAAGUCCUGUCUACUCUUUUGUCUAUGACAAUCCGGCGGACAAAGGGAUCGGAGAGGCGCUAUCCAAAAGGAGGGAUGUCAAGUUAGGAACUGUCCACGGAGACGACUACUUUUUGAUAUUCGAAAAUAUGGUACGCAAUCCUCAGCUACGUCCAGAUGAGGAAAUUAUUUCUAAAAACUUCAUAAAGAUGCUGGCGGACUUUGCUGUAAGCGAAGAGGGUACCCUUACAUAUGGGGAAUGCACUUUCCAGGAUAAUGUCGAUAGCGAGACCUUUAAUUUGCUUUCAAUAACUCGCGACGGUUGUGAGAAUAGACAAUUUGUUGAGUUUCCCUAAGGUUAUUAAUUUAAAUAAAGCAGCACAAUCUUUGGAAA